AUGGUAACAAAAUAUUUUAAUAUUACAUAUAGCAAAUAUCAUUUCAUAUUUUCCAGUAAAACUGUAUUUGGAAUAAAAGUGAAGAAGAAGAAGAAGAAAGACAGUAAGACUUUGGUCUUUGCAAACAAAGGCGCUCAGGAUGAAUCUGAGAUCGAAGCGGCUUCUGAUGACCCACCAGUUUUAAACCCUGAAAUCCCUGAAGCUCCCAGUGAGCCUGACAUAUCUGGCUUCUUGGCCUUCAGAAAUCCUAGCAAUACUAAGAGAUCCAGUCCUGUGACCAGGGUUUUGGAAAGUGACAGCAAACCACAGACAUUCCAGAUAUCCAUCAAUAUCACAGAGGCUAGGGAACUGGUGGGUGAAAACAUUGACCCCAGUGUCGUGAUUGAAAUUGGGGAUGAAAAGAAACAAACCUCAGUAAAAGAAGGGACCAAUGCACCCUUUUACAAUGAGUAUUUUGUGUUUGACUUCUUUGCCCAUCGAGAUGGCUUUUUUGACAAAGUCAUUAAACUAUCGGUGAUUCAUUCAAAGAUCAUGAAAAGUUAUUGUAUUGGGACAUUCAAGAUCGAUGUUGGAACUGUCUACAACCAGCCUGGUCAUCAGUUUAUCAACAAGUGGGCAGGUCUUAUUGCUCCCACAGACUAUGCCACAGGGGUCAAAGGUCACUUAAAGUGCGACAUCUGUGUAUCGGGAAAAGGAGAUAUGUUGCCCCGUUCUCAGAAGUUUUGUGAUGCUGAAGAGCAAAUAGAAAAGAACCCACUACUCCCCGAUGGGUUCCCUUCUAUGCGACCAUGGGCGUGCUAUUGCGUGAAAGUUUACAGAGCAGAGGGUCUCCCCAGAAUGAACUCCGGCAUCAUGGCCAAUGUCACCAAGGCAUUUGUUAGUGACAACACAGCGCUCAUAGAUCCAUAUGUGGUGGUGUCUUUCUUUGGCCAGGUGGGACGGACAUCCACGCAGAAGAGUACAGCGGACCCCGUGUGGAAUGAACAGGUGGUUUUUAAGGAGAUGUUUCCUUCAAUGUGCCAGAGGUUGAAGAUCCAGGUGCUGGAUGAGGGCAGCAUGAACGAUGUGGCCAUCGGGACUCACUACAUUGAUUUGUGCAGAAUCUCCAACGACCAGGAUGGAGAUAAGGGUUUCCUCCCCACAUUUGGCCCUGCCUGGAUCAAUAUCUAUGGCUCUCCCCGCAGUUCCACGAUGGAUGAUACCCAGGAAAUGAAUGAAGGGUUAGGGGAAGGAGUGGCCUUUCGAGGGAGGAUUUACAUCGAGCUGGCUGUGGAGAUCCUGAGUGGCGGGGCCGAGUCGAAGUCAUUGUUCUCCUUAAAGAUACCUCUUAAAGAUGCCAAGGGAGGGAAAUCGCAGCCCAAAGAGCCCAAAGCUGGUGCAGGUGGCCCAGGUGGAGGAGAGGAGGAGAGAGCCAAGGCCCUGGGGGCAAUGGUGCUGCCUGUGGAGCCCCCCAAAAUGGUCAGUGAGGAUGACAUUGAGAGGUUCCUGCUUUUUGGUGCCAUUUUUGAAGCAACCAUGAUCGACAGGAAGAUCGGUGACAAACUCAUAAGCUUUGAGUUCACUAUUGGGAACAAUGGCAACUUGAUAGACGGUGCUGCUCCGCCGGCUCCCAAGAAAAGAGUCGGGUUUGAUCCUGUAAGCCAAGAAGCUAGCUCUGCUACCCCUCUUCUGGACACUCAGCCACCAGUGCCUAUCAAGCCCACUCGUGCUGAGAGCACCACUCGAGCAGAGAAGCCUCUUCUUGGAGACGGGAUCAGGAACUACUUUUAUUUUCCUAUUUCAAAUCAGAAGCCCUGUGUCCAUGUGUGGAGCAGGUGGGAGGAUCGCACGUAUCGCCUUCACCAUUCGAACAUGCUGGACAGAAUAGCAAUCAUGUUUGAAAAGGGGGUGACCAAAGUGGCAGAGCUAGACAAGCAGAUGCAUGCAGGAGCAGAACGUCUUAUGCGUGCUGUCUUGCAAGAAUUUUGCAAAGAUAUGAGGGAGUUCAUUAAUUUUGCGGAACAGAAGGUCAAAGGAAACAACCUGACCAUGCUGGACAAGAAGAGACUGACUCUGUGCAGUCAGGAGCUGGAGAGUAUGACAGAGGUAGCAAGAACCAUCACUGAGCCCAAGAGAAAAGCCCUGACAGUCAAAGAGAUGUUGGUGGAGGCCCGGAAGCUCGUUCAGAGAAUCAGGUUCCUGGUUGAAGAGCCCCAGCAUACAUUGCCCGAUGUGUUUGUUUGGAUGCUUAGUAAUAACAAGCGUGUGGCAUAUGCACGUAUCCCUACCCGCAACCUGCUCUACUCUCAGAACUUUGUAGAGCGAGGGAGAGACUGUGGAAAGAUCAACACCCUGUUCCUUAAGCUCCCCGGGAAGCGUGGAGCAGGCUGGACAGUGCAGGCUAAGCUGGAUGUGUACCUGUGGCUCGGCCACUCCAGAGAAACCUCCCAUAUGCUGGAGAACCUCCCAGAAGGCUUUGAGCCUCAGCGGGGAUUGUCAGAUGAGAGUGGAGUCUCUCCUCCAGAGACCUUACGGUACCAAGAAAAGCAUGAGUUCCAGCUGAGAGCUCAUAUGUACCAGGCACGAGGACUCAUUGCAGCAGACAGCACAGGCCUCUCAGACCCCUUCGCCAGGGUGUCAUUCCUUUCCAACACCCAAUGUACCAGUAUCAUUAACCAGACCCUAACCCCAACCUGGAACCAGAUGUUAAUGGUGAAUAAGGUGACACUGUGCGGAGUGCUCAGGGAGCUGCAACAGGAGCCUCCUCGUGUUGUGAUCGAGGUCUACGAUGACGAUGCUCUGGGUAAGCCGGAGUACCUGGGCUCCACUCUAGCCAUCCCGGUGGUCCAGCUGAAUGAGGAGCCAUACACCCCCCCUCAGCUGCAGUACAGCCCGCUCUUCUGUGGUAACCUGUCUGGUGGGGACAUUCUUGGAGCUUUUGAGCUCAUCCAGGUUUCCAAGAAAGGAAAACACCCUCUGCCUGCCACAGAGAAACCAGAGGGCCCGAUCUACCCUGUGCCUUCAUACAUCCGUCCUGUGCUCUGCAGGUACAGAAUCGAGGUUCUGUUCUGGGGUCUGAGGGAGCUGAAGAGGGUUCAGCUGCUCACUGUGGAUCGACCGCAGGUCUUCAUCGAGUGCGCAGGAAAGGGCGUCAACUCCUCAGUCAUCCAAAGUUACAAGAGCAACCCGAACUUCAGCGUGCUCGUGGACUCCUUUGAUGUGGAGCUGCCCGAGGACGAGUACCUCCACCCACCUCUCAGCAUCACCGUGGUGGACUGGAGAGCCUUCGGAAGGAGCACGCUGGUGGGGACCCACGUCAUCAACAACUUGAGCCUGUUCAAGUACACCCCUCCACCUCUGCCCCCUCCCAACCUACAGCCACAGGAGCCCCAUGGCAGAGAGACCACGCCACUUCUUGAGCAACAACCCCACACAACAGCACAGUCCAGGGAGGACAUUUACAUCGACAUGGAGCCAGGCCACCCUGUGCCAGUGACUAAGCCACUGCCUCAGGACAAGAUGGAUAAGGUGUCUAAAAAGAGCAUGCGAAGGUCCACAAAAAGGAAGAAACGCACGCCGGCCGAUGAGUCUGCAGACAGCGUGAUAGACUGGUGGUCUAAGUACUACGCUUCAGUGGAGAAGAUUCAGAUGGUAAAACAAAGAGAAGCCAAUCCAUUUCCUAACCUGUAUGAAGCUGUACCUCCACUGCAGAACUUGCUCUCAGAUGGAAUAAACACUAUGGCUUCAGGACUGAAAGACAAGAAAAAGCAGUUGAACUUCAAGAAACUGACUGAGCAGACCAAAAUAGCAACAUUACUGAUAUAUGACAAAGAGCUGGAAGCAGAGUUUGGCCCUUUUGAUGACUGGGUUAAAACCUAUGAACUGUACCGUGGCAAGGCAAAUGAGCAAGAGGGCUCUAGCGUUGAGAGGUUUAUUGGGAAAUUCAAGGGCGGGUUCUGUUUGUAUAAGAUGCCAGGCAGUGAUGAUAAAGGAUGUUUGGACUCGGGAGAGUAUAAGAUAAACCAGGGUGUUCCACCCAACACCGCUGUCAAUGUCCUUAUUCGAGUAUACAUUGUUUCUGCCUUCAACCUCCACCCAGCUGAUCCGGAUGGGAAGGCAGAUCCUUACAUUGUGCUGAAACUAGGAAAAACAGAAAUCAAGGACAGAGACAACUACAUCCCAAAACAACUGAAUCCAGUGUUUGGCAGGUCCUUUGAAAUUCAGGCUUCCUUCCCAAAGGAAUCUUUACUGAGCAUUCUCAUCUAUGAUUUUGAUCUUGUGGGCGGUGAUGAUCUGAUUGGUGAGACGCAAAUUGAUUUGGAGAACCGCUUCUACAGCAGACACCGCGCUACCUGCGGCCUCUCCGCUGAAUAUGCUGUUGACGGCUACAAUGCCUGGAGAGACUCCAUUAAGCCGAGUGAACUGCUAGCCAAGCUUUGCAAGGAAAACAGACUUAGUGAACCUCAAUUCACUCCUGGAAGAAUCACCAUUGGUGAAAAAGUCUACACUGGCAAAACCGUCUUUGUUGAUGAAGAUCAAACAGUGGAGUCCUAUGAGCAUUUGGCUCUGAAGGUACUGCACAGAUGGGAAGAAAUGCCAGGUGUGGGCUGCAAGCUGGUGCCCGAGCACAUUGAGACCCGCGCUCUCUAUAUAAAGGAAAAGCCUGGCAUAGACCAGGGUCAGUUGCUGAUGUGGGUAGAUAUGUUUCCUAUGGACAUGCCUCAUCCCGGACCUCCUGUGGACAUUUCUCCUCGCAAACCUAAAGGGUAUGAACUAAGGAUCAUAAUCUGGAACACAGAAGAUGUCAUUUUGGAAGACACCAAUUUCAUAACAGGGCAACAGUCGAGUGACAUCUACAUUAAAGGGUGGCUAAAGGGUAUGGAAGACGAUGGCCAGGAAACAGACGUUCAUUACAACUCACUGACUGGCGAGGGUAACUUCAACUGGCGGUUCGUGUUCCCCUUCCACUAUCUUCCAGCUGAGAAGGUGGUGGUGGUCAGUAAACGAGAGAACAUCUUCUCCUUGGACAAGACCGAGCAGAAACUGCCUGCGGUCUUAGUUUUGCAGGUGUGGGACUUUGAGAGGCUGUCUUCAGAUGAUUUCUUGGGCUCGGUAGAGCUGGACCUCCACGGGUUCCCCCGUGGUGCCAAAACAGCGAAAGAUUGUAAGAUGGAGAUGCUAAAGGACAACAGUGAGUACAUCUCCAUCUUCCAGCAAAAACGCUCAAAGGGCUGGUGGCCUUUUGUGAAAGCCGAGGAACUCACGGGGAAAGUUGAGGCUGAAUUCCAUCUGGUGACGGCCGAGGAAGCGGAGAAGAACCCAGUUGGUCGAGCACGCAAGGAGCCAGAACCACUAGAAAAGCCAAAUCGACCAGAUACCACCUUUUCCUGGUUCGUGAACCCCUUUAAGUGUUUCUUCCAUCUGAUCUGGAAGAACUACAAGAAGUACAUUAUAAUUGCCUUUGUGCUGCUGAUCUUAGCUCUGUUCCUGGUCUUACUCUUCUACACCAUGCCUGCGGCGAUCAGCAACAGGAUUGUCAAUGGCUGAGCC